GGCCAGGGGACGGGCUAGGGGGCGAGCUAGGGGGCAGGUUAGGGUCCGUGGAAGAGGCCGUGGUGCGGACCGGCCAGUGAAUGUUGAUGUAUAUAAGACCUACAGUGAUGAUGAUGUUAGUAACAUCCUGCCAGUGUUUAGUCCACAACGUCCACCUGGCAUUCAUUUUGAGCAUGCUCUUCUUAGGGAUACAAUGACAACACCUUUAGAGUUUUUUCAGCUAUACAUCACUGAUGAAUUAGUCGAGGAGAUAGCAACUCACACCAAUGGGUAUGCAUUUUCCCAUAUAACUAAUGGUAAGAAGUUAUAUUACACAAAAUCAGAUGGGAGCUGGCAAGAAACAACAGCAUGUGAGAUAAAAAGGCUCAUGGCUUUACUUAUUUAUUUUGGUCUUGUCAAAGUAAGUACUUUUGAUCGUUAUUGGAGUACCAAAACCAUAUAUCAUGGGCUUUGGGCUCGUUCAAUUAUGUCUAGGGACAGAUUUAGUGCUCUAAUGGCAAUGAUUCAUGUUGUGGACUCAUCUUCGGAAGGGGUUGGGAAGUUGAGAAAGGUACAGUCUUUUAUUGAUUAUUUCAAAGAUAAAUGCACAAAGCUGUAUCAACCUUCGCAACAUAUUGCAAUUGAUGAGCGAAUGGUAAAAUCUCGACACAGGUCUGGGAUCCGCCAAUACAUAAAGGACAAACCAACCAAAUGGGGGAUAAAACUUUGGGUUUUAGCAGACAGUGUGAAUGGGUAUACAUACAAUUUUGAUGUAUACAUUGGUCGUGAUGCUGCUAGAAAUGUUAGUGAGCAUGGUCUUGGCUAUGAUGUUGUCAUGAAACUAAUUGAUCCAUUGCUUCAUCAGGGAUAUCAUUUGUUUAUAGAUAAUUUUUAUACAUCAAUGCAACUUGUAAAAGAUCUUUUUCAGCUUGGUGUAGCAGUCACUGGUACUGUAUCUGAGAACAGGAAAGGUUUUCCAGAAACACUCAAAAAUGGGAAACAGUGGGCUAAGAAAAAGGAAAGGGGGGUUAUGCGGUGGGAAAGGGUUGGUCCGGUAUUGGCAUUACAAUGGAAGGAUAACAAGGAAACACCAGUUGCUAAAUCCUGAUAAUGAAGCUCUUCAACGGUCAGCCAGGUAUUCGCUCUUAGAUUACAGGGAAGAGCUGCUACGGCAACUGUGUGGUCUACCUGAGUAUGGUUUGCCACCUACUGAUACUAGAGUUAAACCAGUUGGGGAUUAUGAACUUGUUCAUGUUCCUAUGUAUUCACAAGAGGUUAAAAGGAACUGCAAAGUUUGCUAUAAAAAGGAAAAGAAAAGCUUGCAAGUAUUUUCUUAUUGCAGCGCUCCUCAAUGUCAGGUAUUCCUACAUAUAACCAAGGACCGAAACUGCUUCAAAGAAUGGCAUACCAGGGAGUUCCACCAAGACAAAUGAUUUUUCUUAUGUUCCCACUGUUUACAAUUACAAUUUACUCUAUUUAUGUCUGUAUAAAUUCGAUUUUAGCGGCCGAAAGUAAAUUUUGCGAUUUUAUGCAUUUUCAAGUUCCUUUAGGAAAAAAAUCAUAAAUUUCAUUUUUUGCAUCCAUUUCAAUCAAGAACUCCCAGAAAGUUUGCAUAUACAUCAAUGCAACUUUUUUCUUUGGACACUUUGAUAUCCUUCAAUUAGAAAAAUGUAUAUCUUAAUUUUUAUGAAAUUUCAUGCAUAAUUUAUGCUAAUUUAUGCAGACAUAUGAUGUAAUUAAUUACUUAAUUAGAGUUAUAUAAGCAAACAAAAUAUUUUAUCAUAAAGUACAUCUAUUCAGCUUUACAAUGAUAUGUAUAUAUGUGCAUGUACAAAAAUAACCUUUGAGUAUUAAAAAUAUUUAAAGAUAUACCUAUUUUUGUCACAUUUCGGGUCAGUAGGGAAUGAGUUAACUUAGUAAUUCUCUUUCUUUGAGAAUCUUCGUACACAAUCAGUUUCUAUAUAAACAGUGCACAGUGUUAUUUUAUAAAGUAUCUAGUUGGAAUAAAAUCCAUUAAAAAUU